AUAUGAAUUAAAAAAAAAUAACAUUGUUUUUUUGUUAUCAAUUGGACGUGUAUUCUCCAAAUAUCUGUAUGUUACCAAUUGGUUGAAAUUUGGAAUAAAAAUAGAUUUUACUCUGUAUUAACACAUAGGCUUCAUCGCGGAAAAAUCCAUUAUUCCCGAAAGAAAACUAAAUUUCAAGCGGACGAAGACGCGGCACAUCGAGCCGUAAUUCGUCUAGAAGCAAUUAAUAAUUCAGAUAUUUCUCUGUUAGAAGUUAGAACAGACCACCAUCUCGCUAGGACCAAAUCGUACAAUAAGGCGUAUUAAACAUAAAUGCCCUUUAAAACCCUUUCAGCCUAAGCAAUGAUGCUUAUUGGUGGCAUGCUUUUUAUUAUAGUAAGAUCUCAGACAAUCUUUUUCACAAAGAGCGGUAAAACACUUAAAAUAUAGGUAGUUAAUGGCAGAGCAAUUAAAAUGAGAAAAAAAAAAUACUUCGAAGUUACAAUUUUCCAAUACAUUUUAAGUGCUUAUGAUUUUCAUAUCCUGUUAUUAAUCAAAGUUUCACAACGAUCGCAAUUCGUCAAAACGUGAAAAUGUGCCAAGGUUUUUCAUACAGACAUUCUAAUAAAAUUCUUAUAGUUUUUACGUAAGGCGACUCGAUUCAGCGCUGGACAUUUGGACAUUGCAUCUUCCUCAUUAGCACUAUGUUAUGUUACGUCGGGUCAUACGUAUGCGUACGAUUAUGUUUAAAACGGCGGCGCACUGUACUCUCAUCACAGUUCAGUGGCUGACUUCGACGCCAGUACUUUCCGGGUUAUUCAAAAUCAUCCCCUUUAAUCAACAUGCAAAAAAUCGUACUAUGCGCGUUUGCCUUAUUGGCGCUUGCUGCAGCGGCUCCCCAAGAACAGAACCAAGCUUACAUCGUCAAACAUGAAUCGGAUGUCAACCCAGAGGGAUACAAUUUUGAGUUCGAAACGAGCGACGGCACCUCUCGCCAAGAGCAAGGCACGCUGAAGCAGAUCAGCGAGGACCACCAGGCGAUAGCGGUUCAGGGCAGCUACAAAUACACAGCGCCCGACGGUCUCACGUACGUCGUCACCUUCAUCGCGGACGAGCACGGCUACCAGCCGCAAGAGCACAUCGAACAACCGGGACAGUAGAACUACUAGAGUACGAGUAUGAUAGUGCUAGUAGACUACUAGACUACUAGAGCAGUCUACUAGCACUAUCAUCAUCAACAGCCGAGUCUGUACGUCUCUUGUACAGACUUCCAAACACAAACACAACACACAUAAACUGUCUCGAGCCGGCAUCCAGCAGCUCCCUGCAACCCGCUUGAUGUCUUACGUCCACCUAGUGGGGGUUCAACACAAACAACACUGCUCUUUCAGGUGUGGGGUCGACCUAACAGAAACUUUACUAGGAUUUACAUUGUACCUCCUCCUUUAUACCUGAACAACCGGGACAGUAAAACUACUAGAAUUAUACCUACUAGCACUAUCAUUAUCAUCUACAGCCGAUGGACGUCUCUUGCAUAGACUUCCACACACAAACACAACACACAUAAACUGUCUCGAACCGCUAGCAUCCAGCGGCUCCUUGUAACCCGCUGUCUUCGGUCCACCUAAUGGGGAAUCAACACAAAUAACACUGCGCUUUCACACUUUAACCUGAAUUCGAAACCAUUUUAGUACCAUAAUAAUGCUCAUAUUUUUAUGAUAAAUAUUGACUGUUCUCUAUCGUUGAUCGAUUUACGUUUGUGCAAUAUGUAAUAAGGUUUACGUUAAAAUGUAAAUAGCAGGAUUUAUUUUUGUAAAUCGGUUUAACGAUUUUUUGUAUGUUUGUUACGAUUUUGAAUAAAGAACUUUUUUAUAUUAUUUAAAUUAUUGUUUUUCUAACGUUUUUAAUAUAAAACAUGUGAUUUUUUUUUUCAAAGAUUUUUUAUUGAUAAUGUAAAACUUGGUAUGGCGAAUUCAAUGUUUUGUCUCUAUCCUAUUUUGAUGGCCACCGUGGCACAUGGUGAAUUUACAAGACGGUUUCACUGAAUCGCGCGUGCUGCUACUCGAUAGUUAAAUUAAAAUAAGAAAGGGAAUCUUACCCUAAAUAUGACGAGCAAGAGCGUCUGGUCACCAUCCAGCGGGCCCAACAGCGUACCGCGAACUCGGCGAGGCACAACAAUAGCCAGCCAUCUAUUGGCUUCACUGAUUCACACACUUGCUACUCAAUAUUCAAUUCACAAAAAUGAGAA